AUGCUUCUCGUCCUGCUCGCCGGCCUCGCCAUCUUUGCGAAAGCCCAACACCCGUUUGACGACCUGCCACGAUGGGAUUUCUGGUCGCCGCUUGCCGGGGGUGCUCGCUUCACGGGCAGAUACCUGUCAUCGGAGCCAGGUGGUAUCCAUUUGAAGCGUCAAAGCUUUGAGCCCAUAGACCUUUUCCAGCUGCGAGAGGACAAGCCCAGCACGAACGCGCUUCUAUACGGGAGCGUUCUCCUCGACCCGAUCUUCCCGGCCGAUGUAACCACAGACUUGGCCGUCCAGGCAGCAUUUCAGGCAGCUGUAGGGUCCAUCAAGACGCACGCGAACGUCCACGUGUCGCCUGAGAUUAAACUGGUGCAGGCGACGGUGUUUCCGUUAAAGGUGACAGGAGAUAACGGGGAGUCGGAGAUGUCCAUCUUACAGGACAGCACGGGAGCAGACGGUCGGAUGUACCGCUUCGUAAGCCACGUGACGUUUGGCUUCAACUUCUACUUGACGCUGGAGGACGCCAAGUUCAAUUUGAUACAUCGGGUUGUCGUUGCACUGGAUCGUGAAGCAGAACACAAUGUGUUCCAGCACACAUUUUCACCGUUGGAGAAGGGAGCUGACGAAGAGACGAAUGAAGCCGUUGAAUGUGGUCUCAGUGAAGACGAAUGCUCUGCUGCUCCAUCGGGACCGCGUAUCUUGUCGUACAACGUCUGGAAUACGAACCCAUCAUCGGACGUGUAUGGCGCUGGGCGUCGGUGGGAUCAGUACGCGAAGCGACUGGACCAUCUUGUGGAGUUCGUGAAGGAAGCUCAAGCCGACAUCAUUGGCUUUCAGGAAGUGCGUUAUGACGGUGUGUUUGGAGACCCCGCCAACCACGCACAGGUCAAGCACCUAGCUGAUCGUCUUCCGGGCUACCAGUACGUGUACCAAGCGGCAAUGAGCUAUAUCAACUCCAGAAUGCCACAUGAACGGAUCGAAGAGGGCCCAUCGAUAUUGUCCAGGUACCCUGUGGUAGCGACAGAUUAUUUGCUGUUGAGUCGCGAUCCAAAUGACCCGAACGACUCACACCAGCGACUGUGUCUUCAUGCGGUGGUCGACUAUCCUCGCUGGGGCGAAAUCGAUGUGUACGUGACACACCUGUCGCUAAGCGAGCGGUCAAGAGAGCAAACGAAGGUCGAGAUUUGGGAGUACAUGCGCCAAGGCAAGGGAAAGACGCAGGUGCUGCUUGGCGACCUGAACUCGGAACCCCAGUCUCUUGGCAUACGCUUUUUGAGUGGACAAGCAGAACUCCUGGGCCAGACAACAGACAUGAAGGACGCUUGGCUAGAGGUGCAUAAGGAAGCUAAGCCUCGUUCUACUGAUCCGGACGACCGCCAGCACAAGUUCACUUUCCCCAGCGACAACCCAUCGAAGCGUAUCGACUUUGUGCUGUACCGUGGCGAAGGACGAGUUAAGGAGUGCGAGAUCAUUGGCCAAGAGCCCACGAAAGACACUAAGGACUUCCCGGAUGAUGUCGGAAUGCUGCACGCGUCCAGCCCGGUAUAUGCUUCUGACCAUCGAGGCGUAAUUGCUGAAUUCAAGUGA